AUGAAUACUACUUCGACAAAUUUCGAUUAUAUUAAUAAUAAUAAUCUUGUUCAAAUAGCUUCACGUAGUGAAGAAUUUAUUUUACCAUGUUUAUUAUUAAUUGGAACUACAUGUAAUACAUUAACAUUUGUUGUUAUGAGACGAGGUCGUAUGCGACAUUCAUCAUCAUGUUUUUAUAUGGCUGCAUUAGCUAUAGCUGAUACAUUUGUUCUAUGGAUUGGUUGUUUUAAUCGAUGGUUAGAAUUAUUAGAAAAACAAAGACCAAUUUUAGCUUGUAAUAUGUGUUGCAAAUUGGGUACAUUUGCAUUUUUUUUCUUUGCUGAUUGCAGUGUAUGGAUAACAGUUGCAAUGACAUUUGAACGAUAUAUAGCUGUUUCUCAACCGCUUCGUGCUAGUCAAAUUUGUACUAUAAAAAGAGCACGUUACAUUCUUUUAAAUAUUUUUAUAAUAUUCCUUUUAAUUAAUGCACAUUUUUUAUGGACAUUUCAUUUAUCAUUAACAGAAUCUCAUUGUAUACCAUUCAAUCAUCAAUCAUUAUUUUUAAAAUAUUUUACAUGGUUUGAUUCAUUUAAAUAUUCAUUUUGUCCAUUUACAUUAUUAAUAACACUUAAUAUAUUAAUUAUAAAAAGUUUAUUAAAUGCACGAAAUAAAAAUAAAUUAUUAGAACAACAAACAUCAACUAUUUAUAAUAAUAAUAAUAAUAUAAAUAGUAAACCUUCUUCAAUAUCAUUUUCUUCAACAUCAACAAAUACUAGUGGAAAUACGUUAAUAAAAAAAUUAAAAAAAAAACAAUAUCAACAUAUAUCAACAAAAGCCUUAGCAUAUAGACGUGUUAAUCGUCGUUUAACAACAAUGUUAUUAACUGUAUCGUUUGCUUUUUGUAUUUGUUCAAUGCCUAUAUCUAUUAUGCAAUUAAUCGAUGCAAUUUAUUCUGAUAUAGAACAACGUUCAAAGAAAAUGAAUAUUGCUAUUACUAUAGGAAAAAUUAUAGCUGAAAUAUCUCAAUAUAUUAAUCAUUCUUCAAAUUUUUUCUUAUAUGCUUUUACGGGUCGAAUAUUUCGUCAUGAACUUUGGCGAUUAUUUAUUUGGUCUCGUCGUGGAUUUUUUUCUUCAUCAUCACAACGUUUAAGAUAUCGAGCAAAAAAAAUUAUAUCAUUUCAUAAUCCAACACAAGGUGUACAUGAACAUUUCUAUUCCCAUGGUCAAUGUCAUACUAAAAUAAUAAUUGCACCUAAACAUUUAUUAAAAAUACCAGAAAAUAAUAAUUAUCGACAAAGUAUUUCUAGUACUUAUUCAUUAUCACAAGUACCAAUAACAAAACAAAAUUCUCAAUAUCAAAGUGAAAAUUUUUUAACUUCAUUUCAUCAUUUAUCAAUUUCUACACGUCCAAGUUCAUUAACACAAACAACAUCAAUUAUGUUACCUGAAUCAUCAUCAUUAUUUGUUAAACAAAAAGUAGCUCUUGCUUCAUUUGUUGAAAAGAUUAAAACGGAUCAAACCAUACCUUUACUUAAUUCAUCAAUAAAAUGCCAAACAAUUAAACCUUAUGGUUUAACUGAUAUAACAUCAAAUUCAUUAUAA